UCCUUAUCGGCGCAGUGCGUCCCGAGACUUGAAAUUCAAUGGGCGUUUCCCCACGAUGCUAACUAUUGAUUCUUCGGCUUACUCAACCAUUUCCAGGCCACCAUCUCGGGUGCUUCAUUUACCUAGUUCGGCUUCUCCUCUUCCUCGAAGCUGCGAUCCUCUUUUCUUUUUGUUCUCUUCUCUUGGGAGGUACAUUGUCCUGGUAUCUCAGCGGCGUCGAAUCCGGCCUUCCCUUCCUCCAGUCUCUUGCGAUAGCAGCUCGUGCAUUCUCCCAGGGCGACAUGACGGGCACUUGAUACGGGCGGCACUGCCCUAAGAGGUGCGCCCCGAGUCACGCGCCUGUCUCUUCUCCGUUCAGAUUACAAUGACUUUCGCAACUGCCACCCGGAAGCUCAAACGAGCCGCGAGGAUCAUUCUAGUGGGCGCUCCAGGUGUUGGAAAGGGCACUCAAUCUGAGAGGUUGAUGAAACGAUUCCCACAGCUAUGUUCCAUUGCGACCGGAGAUCUACUGCGCGACAACGUGAAAAGACAGACUGCGCUGGGCCAACAAGCCGAUGCGUACAUGAAAGCCGGUGGCCUUGUGCCAGACCCCCUAAUCCUGAAUCUCAUCCUGAACGAACUCACCUCGAGAGAGUGGCUUGAGACAUCCGACUCCAAUGAGAAUAUAAUCGCAGCUCUCUCGAGAGGAAAUGGUUCUGCCUCUGCGGUCGUGCACGCGUCCAACUCACCCGACACCUCGUUUAUCCUUGAUGGCUUCCCUCGUACCGCGACCCAAGCCAGAGCCCUGUCGCACCUGCUACCCAUAAACCUGGUAUUCCAGCUCGUCACGCCUGUCGAUAUCAUACUGUCUCGCAUGGCCAACCGGUGGAUACACGCCGCAUCCGGGAGAGUGUACAAUGUGGGAUUCAAUGACCCGAAGGUUCCCGGCAAGGACGACGUUACAGGGGAGCCUUUGAUGCAAAGAGAUGACGACAGUGAGGCCACGUGGAGGAGGCGACUUGCAAAGUUUGAGGAGACAAGCCAGAGUUUGCUAGAUUUCUACCGAGACAAGGACCAAAGCCUGGUGGUUAAAGUGCAGGGCAACAGCAGCGACGAGAUCACGCCUCAGAUCUUUGCAGAAGUUGAGGGGCGAUUUGGAUGAGAAAAUAGAAUAGAAUUUCGACUCUCGCAAGAGAAAAACUUCUGUAACCUCGACUGUGAUUUUCCAGACCCCAUGGAGAUCAAGAUGAUCUCUAAGCCCCGGAUGCCCAGCCAGAG